UCCGCCACGCUACUCGCUAUUAGCUUCGGCGGUUAGAGGACUUCUGCCGUUGAGACUUCAGGAGCGAGCAACUUCACAUCCCGUUCAGAUAUGAAGAUGGGCAAGCAUAUAUCCACACACAUAUUUGUCAUCGCCAUUUUCAUCUCCAACAUCGGGUCAGCUGUGAUUUCCAUGCUUGGGGUCUACCUGUUCAUGCGCCAGCGCCACAAGGCACAACGACAAUGGCAAGAUCAUGAGACCGUGGCCAACGCUGCCCUCGACCGAGCAAUCGUCAGUUACAUCGCCAAGGGACACCCCGGCGGGCCUGAGGCGACGGCUGAUAAGGCGCCGGAAGAACGUGAACGGGACGUGAUUACCGAAGGGGACGUGCAUCGGAAGUAUAUGGAGGUCGACGGGGCCAUCAAUGUGCAUACACCACCACCAGCGUUACCGACCUCUGACGUUGAGCGAACACCAUCUGUUAGGAAAUCGGGGACCUCUGUGGCAGACACGGCGAGCUCGUUGCCGAAGUUGAUGUUCUCGCGGUUCAUGGAUAGCGCCGAGCAGGUGUAUAGUGAUAUCCUGGCAAGACCACUCCAACGGGCCAGCAUCCGUACCUCACCAUCACUUCCAGAAUUCGUUCCGCCGGCUAGGAAGGAUGAUGUAGGCUGGCCCUUGACGAAGGAGAUCUAGCCAUAACUCGGGAUCUGCGUCAGCCAUAAGGGAAUUGUGGCGUUUAAACUUCGGAACUCCAAGUAUAAGAU